CCGCUACCUGUAAAUCUGCGAUGCCAUCUCCCGACAAAUGGAUGUGACAGGCGGAGCCCGGGCAGCGAGUAUUACUAAAUCCGCUUCUAGAUUCAAGAAACUGAAAUUUACAUGUAUUUCAAAUACGACAUUUCCUUAAAGGAUAUCAAAAGACUGCGAGCUUUUUAACGCGCAUUCAACAGUGCGCGCCGCGGAGCUGAAGUAGACCUGCUGGAAAAAGCUGCGCUGUUCAACAAGGUGGAGCAGUGAGUGGAUCCAUCGACCGCUGAGGACAACGCGCCUCUUUAAUAUCACAAUAAGAACAUUUGUUGUGUAGUUUGACCCACGAAGGCUGUCGGGAAAAUCGUGAGUUUUCGUGGAGUUUGCCAGAAAAUGAGAUUUUUACGCACAGAUCAAAGGAUGACGCGCAAUUCCAGCCAUGAACGCGCGUCGUGAGUCGCACGACUGAUCUAUUGAUUUGAAAGGAAGUUUUUUUUUUUUAUUAUUAUUAAUAUUAUUAUUAUUACUGUGCGCGUGUCUGCUGUCCACCCAACUUUUACUGCGCGUGUCCAAAUGAGAAGGCAGAGGAGCGGGUGGUGGUUGACUUAACAUGGCUGAGCCUUUGGGGCAUCAGGGGGCGCUGGCUGGAGCUCCCCAAAGCGCUUAAAUCCCCAGUUGAGUUGUUUUUUGGCGGUGGUUGAGUGGUGGUGGUAGUGGUAGGAGGGGGGGGGAAGAAGCCUGGCAGGAGACCAGAAUCCGAUAAUGUCGAGAAACAGGGAGAAAUUCAACCCGGAUCCAUCCAUCCAGAUAUCCAAGAUGAAUGUGAUCAUCCCGUUUUCACCAGAUGUGCCCUGUGACAGCAACGGCCAGCGGAUGUGGUGGGCUUUCCUCGCCUCCUCCAUGGUCACUUUCUUUGGGGGUCUCUUCAUAAUCCUCCUGUGGAGAACUCUCAAAUACCUGUGGACUGUGUGCUGCCACUGUAACGCCAAAAAGAAGGAUGUCCAUCGGAUCACCACAGGUGAUGGCAUCAAGCGCACCGACAAGGAUGACCCGGCGGCCAGCGAGGUGGGCUGGAUGACCUCGGUCAAAGACUGGGCAGGAGUCAUGAUAUCUGCUCAGACACUGACAGGAAGAGUCCUGGUGGUGCUCGUAUUUGCUCUCAGCAUCGGAGCCCUUGUUAUAUACUUCAUUGAUUCCUCUGAUCCUAUUGAGUCCUGUCAGAACUUCUACGAGGACUUCACGUUGCAGAUCGACAUGGCGUUCAACGUCUUCUUCCUGCUGUACUUCGGCCUCCGAUUUAUUGCUGCCAAUGACAAGCUGUGGUUCUGGUUGGAGGUGAACUCGGUGGUGGACUUCUUCACGGUUCCUCCGGUGUUUGUCUCAGUGUACCUGAACAGGAGCUGGCUAGGCUUGAGGUUUUUAAGGGCCUUAAGGUUGAUACAGUUCUCAGAAAUUUUACAGUUUUUGAAUAUACUGAAGACAAGCAACUCGAUAAAGCUGGUGAACCUGUGUUCAAUCUUCAUAAGCACAUGGCUAACUGCAGCAGGCUUCAUUCAUUUGGUGGAAAACUCAGGGGAUCCUUGGGAAAACUUCCAAAAUUCCCAGGCACUUUCCUACUGGGAAUGUGUCUACUUACUCAUGGUUACUAUGUCCACUGUUGGCUAUGGAGACGUUUAUGCAAAAACCACCCUGGGUCGGCUGUUUAUGGUCUUCUUCAUCCUUGGUGGUUUGGCCAUGUUUGCAAGCUACGUCCCUGAAAUCAUAGAGUUAAUAGGAAACCGCAAGAAAUAUGGUGGUUCCUAUAGUGCGGUUAAUGGGAGAAAGCACAUCGUGGUCUGUGGUCAUAUAACACUUGAGAGUGUGUCCAACUUUCUUAAAGACUUCCUACACAAGGACAGGGAUGAUGUCAAUGUAGAAAUUGUUUUUCUCCAUAAUAUUUCCCCUAAUCUUGAGCUGGAAGCCUUGUUCAAGCGACAUUUCACCCAGGUGGAGUUUUACCAAGGGUCUGUCCUAAAUCCACAUGACCUGGCCCGAGUGAAGAUCGAAUCAGCAGAUGCCUGUUUGAUUUUAGCCAAUAAGUACUGUGCUGACCCUGACGCCGAGGAUGCAUCCAACAUCAUGAGAGUAAUUUCUAUCAAGAACUACCAUCCAAAGAUCAGGAUAAUCACUCAAAUGUUGCAGUACCACAAUAAGGCCCACCUUUUGAACAUCCCAAGCUGGACCUGGAAGGAGGGAGAUGAUGCCAUUUGUCUUGCAGAGCUGAAACUUGGCUUCAUCGCUCAGAGCUGCCUGGCUCAAGGCCUCUCCACCAUGCUGGCCAACCUUUUCUCCAUGAGGUCCUUCAUCAAGAUUGAAGAAGACACGUGGCAGAAGUAUUACCUAGAAGGAGUAGCCAAUGAGAUGUACACUGAGUACCUGUCGAGUGCCUUUGUGGGCUUGUCCUUCCCUGUAAUUUGCGAACUGUGCUACGUGAAGCUGAAGCUGCUACUGAUAGCUAUAGAGUACAAGUCUGAUCGAAGGGAAAGCAGCACCCUGAUAAACCCUGGAAACCACGUGAAAAUGCAGGAGGGGACCUUGGGCUUCUUUAUUGCCAGUGACGCCAAAGAAGUAAAGAGGGCGCUUUUUUACUGUAAAGCCUGCCAUGAUGACAUUACUGAUCCCAAAAGGAUAAAGAAAUGUGGAUGCAAGAAAUUGAUAUAUUCCAAGAAGCCCGCCUACAAGAAAAUGAGACUGGCAUGUUGUUUUGAUUGCGGCCGCUCAGAGCGGGACUGCUCUUGCAUGCCAGUUAAUGUGCGUUGUAACUUGGACUCCCCUCAACGCGACAUCCCACUCUCUGCUGUCUCUGUUAAUGAUUGCUCAGCCACUUUACGUGCCUCUAAAAAUAGCUAUAAUGGAUAUAUCAAAUCAAUUGAAGAGGACCAACAGUCGGCAUUGUCGCCCAAAAAAAAGCAGCGUAAUGGAGGAAUGAGAAAUUCUCCAAACUCCUCACCCAAGAUAAUGAGACAUGACCCGCUCCUCAUCCCGGGAAACGAGCAGAUUGAGAGCAUGGAUGAGAACGUAAAGAAAUACGACUCCACGGGGAUGUUUCACUGGUGCCCGUCCAAAGACAUCGAGAAGGUCAUCUUGACCCGGAGUGAGGCAGCCAUGACUGUUCUGAGCGGUCACGUGGUCGUGUGCAUAUUCGGAGACGUGAAAUCUGCUCUGAUCGGUCUGCGAAACUUUGUCAUGCCUCUGAGAGCAAGCAACUUUCACUACCAUGAGCUGAAGCACAUCGUGUUUGUCGGCUCCCUCGAGUAUCUGAAGCGGGAGUGGGAGACUCUUCAUAAUUUUCCAAAGGUCUCCAUUUUACCCGGCACACCGUUGAGUCGGGCAGAUCUGAGGGCUGUCAACAUCAACCUCUGCGACAUGUGUGUCAUUCUGUCAGCCAAUCAGAACAAUAUUGACGAUGCAUCACUGCAGGACAAAGAAUGCAUCUUGGCGUCACUCAACAUCAAAUCCAUGCAGUUUGACGACAGCAUUGGGGUCUUGCAGGCUAAUUCCCAAGGCUUCACACCACCGGGGAUGGAUAGAUCCUCACCUGAAAACAGCCCAGUCCAUGGAUUAGUAAGGCAGACCUCUGUCACCACUGGAGCAAAUAUUCCCAUCAUAACAGAACUAGCACCAUUAGCAAAGCCAGGCAAAAAACUGCCUGUGAUUUCAUUCAGUCAGGAUAAAAGCAGUGGGACCAGCAUACAAAUGAUAACUGAGCUUGUGAAUGACUCGAACGUUCAGUUCCUGGACCAAGAUGACGACGACGACCCAGACACAGAGUUAUACCUCACUCAGCCUUUUGCCUGUGGGACGGCCUUCGCAGUCAGUGUGCUGGAUUCCUUAAUGAGUGCUACAUACUUCAAUGACAAUAUCCUCACCUUGAUCCGGACGCUGGUAACAGGCGGGGCGACACCAGAGCUGGAGGGGCUGCUGGCAGAGGAGAAUGCAUUACGGGGCGGCUACAGCACGCCACAGACCCUGGCGAACAGGGACAGGUGUCGCGUGGCACAGCUGGCCUUGUACGACGGGCCCUUUGCCGACCUCGGGGAUGGUGGUUGUUAUGGUGACCUGUUUUGUAAAGCCCUGAAAACAUACAACAUGCUGUGUUUUGGCAUCUAUCGGUUACGAGACGCACAUCUUAACGCUCAAAACCAGUGUACCAAACGGUAUGUCAUAACCAAUCCACCGUAUGCGUUUGAGCUGGUGCCCUCAGACCUGAUAUUCUGCCUGAUGCAGUUUGACCACAACGCUGGCCAGUCUCGAACCAGCCUCUCCCACUCUUCACAUUCGUCCCAUUCCUCCAGCAAAAAGAGCUCCUCGGUCCACUCUAUCCCAACCACCAACCGCACCAACCGCAACAAAAGCAGGGACUCACGAGACAAACAAAAUGCAACAAGGAUGAAUAGAGUGGGCCAAGAAAAGACAUGGUUUACAGAUGAGCCAGAGAAUACGCACCUGAGGACCAUACAGAUCAAGCCUGUGAAUACUCUCACCAUCAACCAAAUCAGUCAAUAUAAAUCCACAAGCAGCUUGAUUCCACCCAUCAGAGAAGCAGAAGACGAGUGCUGAGUUCCAGACCCGCACCGACACCUAAGCGCUUGGAUUCCAGGAAGACUAAUCGUGUAGGUGUCAGACUGGGACUCGGGAUAUCUUCUCAUCUGCAAAUCAUAAACUGACAUUAGAGAAGAGACGAACCAUACUGCUUUCCUCAUUCAUCUCCGCAGCAAGCUUAUUGUACUUCACUGAAUCAUACAUGAAAUAUACAUGAAGACAAUCAUAGUCAAAUGUCGCAGCCACUCAAAUAUUAGUUUGCACAGCUAAUCUUUAGUGGUGACCAGACUCCAUGACUUUUUUUUUUUUUUUCCAUUUUGGGGAAUGAGGGUCACUUUAAGGAUAAAUCAAUACUACUACUACUAAAGGAGGGGAUUAUUAUGAUAACUGGAUCAAGUUUUGCAAAAGUUGCCUUUUUAGCUGUUGAUGAACAACUACUACUAAUACUACUGCAUUUACUUUACCCAGUGUUGCAGAGUUAUACUGUACAGUAUGUUAAAAUGUGUAUUUUACAUCUAGUUGCGAUCCCACCACAAUGGCAUUGUUAGUGACUGACUCUCAGUGAUUCCUUUGCCAUUUGGAGCUAAUUCACAACAUUUGUGACGGUUAAGACGGCCAGUGUCCAUGUGUAAAUGGCAUUUGGCUCCAGCCUUAUCUCUAUCCAAUUAUAUUUGUCUUAUCUUUGCCUUUUUGAGUCGUUUGUUAUAAAUGUUUUCAUGUUGCUGUUUGGUUGCAAUGUCCAAAACCCCAGAAAUCUUAUUAAGUAAAGCUUUCAAGUAUCCGCAAAGUUUCUCCAGGGGUAAAAUGUUUUUUUUUCUUUUCUUUUCUUUUCUUUUCUUUUCUUUUUUUUGUCAGUAGCCAAACAUGAUAGAGCUGUUUUGCCAACAUUAGAAUAUAACCAAAAAUCUCACACGGUUUCUGAUAAAGAGACAGAGCUAAAGACAUCAUAGACAGCACAAAGCCAAUGCCAUAUGAUAAGUCUGUAGGUGAGUUGAACGUAAAAGCCACAUAUCGCAUGAAGUGGGCAUCUUUAAGUCCUCCUUUGGCUGUAAGCACUGCCUGACACAGGAUUGUCUUGGAGGCCAUUAAGCACUUGUUUGUACUCCAUGACCAAUCUUAAUGCCAUAAACUGACAUGUUCAUGCUUUUUUUCCUGUAAAAACAGCUCUAUCAUAAAAAGUGUUUUUGGUUGUUUAUAUGUUCUAAUAGACUAUAUUCUGUUGAUAAACCAUCUUCGUGAUCUACAUCAUAUUAGAUAUAUUCAUAAAACACAACUGAUGAAGUACCGUUCAUUUGUGUCAUGCAAGCUCAGAGUGGUUAUUAAUCUUGUCUUAUUUAAAUAAUACAACAUAGCUAUAUUGGCACUGUUGUCACUUUACAUCAGAAUCAAUGAAGUGGAAAGAAAGGCUAAGAAAAAGACAAACAAACAAACGACACAAGCAAUUCAUAAAAUCCUCAAAGUCUAGCCUAGAAUUUAUGUUGGAUAUGAAAAGAGAGAGAGAGAGAGAGAGAGAGAGAGAGAGGUUGUGACAUUUUUACUGGCGCAGAGAACAUCCAGAUCAUCCGUCCCUCAGUGCCAGUAAUGUGCCAGGCAGUGCUGAAACCAACGGAGGACUCCAGAAGACCCACUGCUGCGAAAAGAGGCUUCUAGUUGAACUGGAUUUAAGCAAAAUUUACUUUUGCUGUGAGACUGAGAGAUGUACUUUCCUCAUUGCUUUCCAUCUUUCCAGCUCAGAGAACAUUUCAAUUUCUUUGAAUUUCUUAACACGAGGCUGGAACUCCCUGGGGAUAACUAUUAAUGUAGUAAAUAAUUUGAAGUCUUAAAACUAUUUUUAAAUGACCCAUUGUCAAUAGCAGAGCCUAAUAGCAAUUCAUUUUUAAGUACUCUUCAAAAAAGAAAAAAAAGAAAAAAAAAAUCUGUAAAGCUUAAUGUAAAAUAUUUCUUUCUAGUGUGUUCUUGUUUGACAGAUAUUCUUGUUUUACAGUACCUGUGGGGUUGAGAGACAUUCAGCAUCGCAGUCUAGUUUGUAUUAUUUUGUGAUAUUUUUUUUUUUUUAGCACAUCGACUUGUGGAUACAAAGACAGUGCUAAGUUGAUAUUUCUGACUAUGUCAUAAUAUCCAAUAAUAAA